AUGCCCCGAGGCGGACGGUGUGCGGGCACCGCGCCGCCCGCGCCGCCCGCGCCGCCCUCGCAGUGCGUCCAGGUGGUGGCUCUGCUGCUGGCGGCGCUGCUGCCCGCGCUGCUGCUGCCGCCGCCCGGGGCCGCCCUUGCGCUCGCCCUCGCGCCCUCCUCCCGCGGCCCGGGCCUCACGCCGCUGCGCGCCCGCAGCGUCAGCAACCGCAGCGUCAGCCUGGCCACCCGCCUCUGCUGCGCGCCGCCCUGCGACGUGCUCGUGCUCUGGCGGUGGCAGGCCGAAGGCAGGAACCAGACGGUGCAGGAGAACCGUGAGAACCACAACACGAGCGGAGUCAUUUCCUUCCACGCGCACAACCUGCGCCCGGGCACGCGCUACCGCUUCAGCGGUGAGGUGCGCCCCGUGCCGCAGCCUUCGCCGACGUCCGCACCUCAGCCAUUGGCACCGCCCUCGCCACAGCCUCUACUGCUGCCGAAGCGGAGCCCCCGCGUGGACAGAAACAGCCGUGGCCGCAUAGUCGCCGACUCCCUCCCCCCGGACCCCGGCCUCGCUCCCGACGGCCCCGGUGCCUCUGGGGACGCCCAGGGCAACGCCUAUGCCGACGCCGGCGCCAGCUGCGGCGCCGCCCACAUGCAGGUGGCCCAGGAAAUACGCACGUGCGCAGGCGCGGCGCCGCGGCCCAACUGGGCGACGCUGCGGGUGGACGCCAACGGCACGUCCGUGUGCUGGGCGCCGGCCGCCGCCGCCGCCGCGCGCUGCCCGGGCGCGCGCCUCCGGUACGUGCUGCUGCUGCGGCCCGCGCGCUCCGCCCACACGCACUCCUCGGCCGCCGUGGCGCGCGGCAGCGUCGUCGACCACUGCGACGCCCUCGCCGACAGCUGCUGCGACGCGCUACCGCCGCCCCUUCUCGGCCACGACCUGGAGGCGCAGCUGGUGACGCUGUGGUGGGACGCCGAGGUGGCCGUGCACCAGGAGCGCGCGGGCGCGUCGGGCGAGGACGCCUGGCGGCGGGUGAAGCGCGCGCAGACGCCCGCCGGCCACUCCCUGGGCCUCUGGAUGCUCGCCGUGCCCGUCGUCGUGCUGGGCGUGCCCUGCAACAUCCUCAUGCUGCGCAGGCGCUGCUAUGCUGUUUAG